AAGAGCAGAGAGAAGCGGACCAAGUGGCGGCGCUCCGGCUCAGACUGACCCACAGAGAAGCGGUGCUGGCACUCUGCUGAUUUACUCCUAUAAACAGUAGAAAUACAGGGUUUAUAAUGCCGGAUUUAAGCGUGGAGAGGGUGGUGGUGCACCCGCUGGUGCUGCUGAGCGUUGUGGAUCACUUUAACAGAAUUGGAAAAGUUGGAAGCCAGAAGCGAGUGGUUGGUGUUCUUCUGGGCUCUUGGCAGAAGAAAGUUCUUGAUGUGUCCAACAGCUUUGCAGUGCCUUUUGAUGAAGAUGAUAAAGAUGACUCUGUAUGGUUCCUGGACCAUGACUACCUGGAGAAUAUGUAUGGAAUGUUCAAGAAAGUCAAUGCCAGGGAAAGAAUAGUUGGCUGGUACCACACAGGGCCCAAACUCCACAAGAACGAUAUUGCCAUCAAUGAGCUUAUGAAGCAAUACUGUUCAAACUCGGUCCUAGUCAUUAUUGACGUGAAACCAAAAGACCUAGGACUGCCAACUGAAGCCUAUAUUUCUGUGGAGGAAGUUCACGACGAUGGAACUCCCACAUCUAAAACAUUCGAGCAUGUUACCAGUGAGAUUGGGGCUGAGGAGGCAGAGGAAGUUGGUGUCGAGCAUUUGCUUCGGGAUAUCAAGGACACGACUGUGGGCACCUUGUCUCAGCGCAUCACCAAUCAGGUGCACGGUCUCAAAGGCCUCAACUCCAAGUUGUUAGACAUCAAGAGCUACCUGGAGAAGGUCGCCACAGGCAAGCUGCCCAUCAACCACCAGAUCAUCUACCAGCUGCAGGACGUCUUCAAUCUGUUACCGGAUGUAAAUCUGCAGGAGUUCAUCAAGGCCUUCUACCUCAAGACCAACGACCAGAUGCUGGUGGUGUACCUGGCCUCGCUCAUCCGCUCUGUGGUGGCUCUUCACAAUCUCAUCAAUAACAAAAUCGCCAACCGCGACGCUGAGAAGAAGGAGGGGCAGGAGAAAGACGACAGCAAGAAGGAGAAGAAGGAAGACAAGGAUAAAGAUAAAGACAAGGACAAGGAGAAGGACAAGGGUGACGCAUCGGCGAAGAAAGAAGACAAAAAGGAAAAGAAAUGAACUCUAAAUCCUGACAAGGACUGAUGCAGUCUUGGCUAAACCGAGGGCUUAGUCUGCGUCUCUUUUUGAUAUACAGGACUUCUCAUUAUGUGUUCGAGUCUAAAAACAAGAGCGGCAAGGGGUUUGUUCAGUUUACAGGAUUUUUUUUUCUGUCUUUACUCGAGUCCUGAACUGAUACCUGUACUGCUUUGUUUGCAUCCAUAUUGUACCACUGUUCUGUGACCAGGGAAAUACAUCUACUCACUGUUAAAAGCCCCAGACCAGGUCCAGCUGUAGUAAUAUUUUAUUGAUGAUGGGGAUUAAUUAAUAUGCGUCAUCUUCACUACAUACAGAAACAGUGCCACAGCAACCAAGCACUCAGCAUUCACCCAACAACAUGCCUCUAUUCCUCUAUACGCCCUCAUUCAGCCAUGUUUGUCUGUGUAAAAUGGAUAAAAAAAACACAUUUUCAAAUAAACAGAAAAGCAGAAAUAUGUCUAGUACAUAAUUGAACUGUAUACCUUCUUCCUUAAUUGUAUUUUAUUUGUAGUUAAAAAUUAAAAGCAAACAUUUUUCCCCAAA